GGUGCUUUGUGUGCGGCGGCUGUGCGGGGAGCGGCGGGCGCCGCGGUCGGGCGGGCGGGCGCGCGCGCGGCACCAUGGAGGAGCUGAGCAGCGUGGGCGAGCAGGUCUUCGCCGCCGAGUGCAUCCUGAGCAAGCGGCUCCGCAAGGGCAAGCUGGAGUACCUGGUCAAGUGGCGCGGCUGGUCUUCCAAACACAACAGCUGGGAGCCGGAGGAGAAUAUACUGGACCCGAGGCUGCUCUUGGCCUUCCAGAAGAAGGAGCACGAGAAGGAGGUGCAGAACCGGAAGCGAGGCAAGCGGCCCCGGGGCAGGCCGAGGAAGCACACGGUGAUGUCCUCCUGUGGCCGCCACUCCAAGCUUAAGGACGCCGACGCCGCCUCCAAGUGCAAGUCCAGCAGCUCCUCCUCGUCCUCCACCUCCUCCUCGUCUUCCUCGGAUGAAGAGGACGACAGCGACCUGGACGCCAAGAGGGGCCCCAGGAGCCGGGAGACCCACCCGGUGCCUCAGAAGAAGGCGCAGAUCCUGGUGGCCAAGCCCGAGCUGAAGGACCCCAUCCGGAAGAAGCGGGGCCGCAAGCCCCUGCCCCCGGAGCAGAAGGCGGCCCGGAGACCCGUGAGCCUGGCCAGGGUGCUGAAGACCGCCCGGAAGGACCUGGGGGCGCCCUCCGGCAAGCUGCCCGCUCCGCUCAGCGCCCCCGUGGCCGGCCUGGCGGCGCUGAAGGCCCACGCCAAGGAGACGUGCGGCGGCCCCAGCGCCAUGGCCACCCCGGAGAACCUGGCCGGCCUGAUGAAGGGCGUGGCCGGCAGCCCGGGCCGGGGCGGCGUCAGCUGGCAGAGCUCCAUCGUCCACUACAUGAACCGCGUGAGCCAGAGCCAGGCCGCGGCGGCCAGCAGGCUGGCGCUCAAGGCCCAGGCCGCCAGCAAGUGCAGCCUCGGGCUGGACCUCAAGGUGAGGACGCAGAAGGGGGAGCUGGGGUUCAGUCCCCCAGGAAGCAAAGCCCCAAAGGCCCCCGGCAGCGGGGCGGUGGAGCAGAAAGCGGGGAACGUGGCAGGGCCCCCGCACGUCCACGGCAGCGGCAAGGUCCCGGCCAGUUGCCUGAGCCCCCAGCCUGCCCCCACGCAGGAGCUGAGCCUCCAGGUCUUAGACUUGCAGAGCGUCAAGAACGGCACACCUGGGGUGGGCAUGGUCGCCCGCCAUGCCUCGGCCAACAAGGGCGUCCCUGCCACCGUGCCGGGCACUGGGAAAGGGGCCGGCGCCGGGGGCAGCGGGGCCAGUGUGCUGACAGACGCCAGCAAGAGUGAGAAGCUGGCGUCCAGGGCCGCGACUGCGCCCACCCCUGCAGGCAAGAGGGACUGUGUCAAGGCCUGUGUGGCUCCUGGAGGGCAGGAGGGGCCCGGGGCCCAGGGCGACCCCCGCAAGGCGGCUGCGCUGCUGGAGCUGAGCACCGGCGAGGAGAACAGCAGCUCCGACUCGGACCCCGACUCGACCUCGCCGCCCGGUGCCAAGCAGAACCUGUCCGUGUCUGUGCAGACCAGCCAGGACUGGAAGCCCCCCCGCAGCCUCAUCGAGCAUGUCUUUGUCACCGACGUCACUGCCAACCUCAUCACCGUCACGGUGAAGGAGUCCCCCACCAGCGUGGGCUUCUUCAACCUGCGGCACUACUGACCGAGUGGCCGCCGCCACCGCCAGGGCCUCCCCUCCCGUCUCUGGCCUCUGGCCUGCUCCAGAGGGGCCGCGCCCCACACCGUCUCCGGGGGCCGGGUGGCCUUGAAGAGCAUGCUCAGAAAGCCUCCCUGGACCCCGGCCCUGCCUGUGAGGCCUGGCCAGGGCGCCACCAUGAUGCCUUGCAGGGCCUGGCCCGGCCCCACUCCUACCUCUGGGCCUUUGCUUCCCGCCGGCCUCAGGGAGUCCGGGCAGCUGCCCAGGGCUGGAGCCAAACCUCACACUCCCUGCUUACCUACCUGCAGGGCAGGGGGUCGGCGCUUCUCCUGGUGCAGAGUGGCUCUUCUGCCCCCUGGGGGCGACAGAGUGUAUUGGGGGCUGGGUGGGGGGCAGGGGAGCCCAGCCAGGCCUCCCUGGUUGCAACUGCCCCUCAGAGUCGCCUGAGCUGGUACAGGCAAGGGGACCUGCUGUGUCUGUCCUCCGCCACUGACAGCUGAGGGCUGUGGCCUUAAUGUAAAAAGACAGGUCUUGCAGUGGAGGGGGUGGUGGCUGGGAACCUGCCUCGAUGCCAGCUAACCCUGGUUCACACGGACAGCUGCGGGCCCCGGGGGCCGACCCGGAAGUGCCACUAGGCCGGGAGGGCUCCACCCCAGAGCUGUCGGACCUGAUCGGCCUCUGAGUUCAGGGAACGGGACGAGGAGGUGGGACUGGCUGUCAGCAGGCCCCUGGCACGGACCGCCGAGGCCCAGCCUUGGCCCGGCACACGGCCCCUGCCCACUGGCCAUGCGGUGGCCUUGCCCUGUCCCCACCCUUGGAGAGGUGCCACCUUCCCUGACAAUCUCCCCACCUCCGGGGGCUUCGUGUCCUUCCCAGCUGAGAAGCUGGCUCCCUGUAGCAUUUGGGGAGUGGGACAAAAUCAGUGACCCACCUGGCCAAGAGCCCAGAGAAAGGUCAGACCUGCUACCACCACACACCCACCGGCUGGCUGUCCGGGGGUGCUGCCUCGUGCAGUGACCAGCAUCAGAAUUGGGGGCAGAGAGAUGGGUCACCUUGGUGGGGGGCCAGUGCGUAUUUGUAAAGCCAAAAAAAUGGGGGGCUUUGGGGGGCACUUCAGUUACUGGUUACAGUUGGCCAGCCAGGGUGGGACUCUUUCCUCUGUCCCCACGGCCUUAACUGCAGGGGAGCAGGGCCCAGGCUCACUCAGUGGGCUGUGGCCUCCGAGGGUGGGGCCUGUCCCACUUGCAGGGCCCCAGUCCCCCCCGCCCUCCACGCCAAAUAGGAAGCAUGGCUUCUGUGUAGCCGAACCACUUUCAACAGCGUGCCUUUGGGGACAGCCCGUGUCCAGGACCUCACUGAGGGGCACCCACAUGACGUUUCUGGGUCUCCUGUGGUCACCACGCUGGCUGUGGCAGGGACAGUGCCCACAGCCUCUGAGUCCCGCUGCCCCUCCCGCCUGCCACCCCUCUGCCUUAGAAGCUGCGGCUCCCUCCAGGCCUGCGGAGCGACCCUAGGCUUCCAGGGGCUGCGGGCCGACGUCAUCACCAGCAGCCAGGUCUCCGGGAACGACUUGGCACCAUUCUGUUUACCAGCCAUCGUGAUCCCAAAGUUUGAGCCCGCGAGCCCCUGACUCCCAGCCUCUCCGCCUCCUCACCUCGUCCCGUGUGUUUCUUGGUGCUUGUGACUCCGAGCACCGUGUGUGUGUGUGCAUGGGUGCGUGUGUGCACUCCGGCGUGUGCAGGUAUGGCGGCCUUGGCUGGGGUGGGGUCGCAUGUGUGGGGCUGGCCAUCGUGUUUACCAAUACACAAAAGUCCUCCUUUGCUGCUACGUGUGCAUGCGUGUCCGGGCACCGGCCCCACGGCCUGUGUGCUGCGGGGUCCCUGCCACACGGGCGGUCACUGCACAUUGAGUAGGUGUCUCGGUCCUGUUGUGUCCGCUUCUGUGCCCGAUGGGAGAAAGUGGCCAGUCUGUCCUCUUCAGAGCGUUCGGCGUAUUUUGUAUGUAUAUAUAUUUUUGGUACCAAAAAGAGUGUUCCUUGUUUCGGACACACUCAAAGUUCUGACCUAAGAGGGCUGUGGGCCUGGCUGCAGGUUUCCUUGGGGGGAGGGCCAGGGCUUUCCACCGGUGCUGACGACUGGCUUGAUUUGUUUUUCAUUAGGGAAAAAAAAAAUUACUUAUGUAUACCACUUCUAAUUGCUUUAAACUGCGGCUGUUGGCUUAGCAGAACAAAAGUGGAUGCUUGCCCUGGGAAACCCAAGGCCGCUGCCAGCGCAGGACAGCAGCCCAGCCCCCACGUGCAAACAGGACCGACCGCCAGAGGAAAUGCUUCCCCCAGGAAGCCCGCCGGGGCGCGGGGGCAGGGGGUGGGAGGAGGGGAGAGGUCGUGCCUAGAGGACCCGAUGCGUGCUCACGCACACCUAAAAAAUUCCUGCGCAUCUUCUAGUAUUUUUGGGAAACUAACACUAGCGGUAGGUUGCAGACUUUUAGACCGAUGUUAAUUUAUUUUGCGGGGGAACACUGACAUUGGCAAAUGUGUGAGAAGACCUUUGUCUUUUGAACUUUUAGUACACCAAUAAAUAUUUUUC